AGUUUGCUCCUCCCUGGAACUGCUUCUGGCUAAAAGGUCGUGCGACCCCCACCCUCUUUUCCUUAUUAUUCCACCGCCUCCCACCAGGGAAGGAAUGUCAAUAUUCAUUUAUUUCGGUCUCUCUCGACUCAUUGCUUUUAACUGCCCCUCGUCUUUACGUGGCUGCUUUGUAAUGUUCUGGCGUGUUGAGGGCUUGGGCAUGCUGAGAGGUCCUGCCCGGGGUGCUGCUGCGCUUCCUGCGUGGGUGAGGGCAUUUGGGACAAGGAACGGGAGGGGUGACGCCUGAACGCAGAAGCAGAGGACCACCGUCAUUAAAACUGUCAUUGCUACUAUGUGGCGAAUGUAUCUCCUAGCUUUUGUAUCCUAUUAAAGGGUUGCUCCACCUGCAACUGGAGCCGACAUGGAGAAAAGUGGAAACAUUCAGCUGGAGAUUCCUGACUUCAGCAAUUCUGUCCUGAGCCACCUCAACCAGCUGCGCAUGCAGGGCCGGCUAUGUGACAUUGUAGUCAAUGUGCAGGGCCAAGCAUUCAGGGCACACAAAGUAGUACUGGCUGCCAGUUCACCUUACUUCCGGGACCACAUGUCGCUCAACGAGAUGAGUACGGUUUCCAUCUCUGUCAUCAAAAAUCCCACUGUUUUUGAGCAACUCCUCUCUUUUUGCUACACGGGCCGGAUAUGCCUCCAGUUGGCUGAUAUCAUAAGCUACCUGACUGCAGCUAGUUUCCUGCAGAUGCAACAUGUUAUAGACAAGUGCACACAGAUCUUGGAGGGCAUUCAUUUCAAAAUUAACGUAGCCGGCGUUGAAGCAGAAUUGAGCCAAACGAGGACAAAGCAGCAUCAAGAACGGCCUCCAGAAUCUCUGAAUCGCUCUCUGAGUCCACACCACAGCACCCCGAAAGGAAGCCGCAUGGGCCAGGUCAGCACUGUGCUGGACAUUCGGGAACUUAGUCCUCCUGAGGAGUCUACAAGCCCUCAGAUAAUUGAGCAGAGCUCAGAUGUGGAGAGCAGGGAGCCCAUACUGAGGAUUAAUAGGGCAGGUCAGUGGUAUGUGGAGACGGGAGUGGCAGACCAUGGUGGGCAGGGUGACGAUGACGUCAAAGUUCUUGGAGCAGUACGAAUCAAAACGGAGAACCUGGAGGAGUGGCUGGGGACAGAAAACCAGCCAUCUGGAGAAGAUGGGAGCAGUGCUGAGGAGGUCACUGCCAUGGUGAUUGAUACCACAGGCCAUGGAUCAAUGGGACAGGAAAGUUACACAUUAGGCUCAUCAGGAGCAAAAGUGGCCAGGCCAACCAGCACAGAGAUUGACAGAUUUAGCCCUUCUGGUAGUGUGGUUACUGUAAAUGAGCGGUACAGGUCAAAAAGUGAAUCUCCAUGGCGGGUGGAUGAACCCAAACAACCCAGUUCCCAGGUGGAGGAGUCUGCUAUAGUUGGAGUGAGUGGCUAUGUUGAAUAUCUCCGUGAACAGGAAGUAUCUGAGAGGUGGUUUCGCUACAACCCGCGUCUCACUUGCAUCUAUUGCGCCAAAUCCUUCAAUCAGAAGGGUAGCCUGGACCGGCACAUGCGGCUCCACAUGGGCAUCACACCCUUUGUUUGCCGUAUGUGUGGCAAAAAGUAUACUCGCAAGGAUCAGUUGGAGUACCAUAUCCGCAAACACACGGGAAACAAACCCUUUCACUGCCAUGUCUGCGGGAAGAGUUUCCCCUUCCAGGCCAUCCUCAACCAGCACUUUCGUAAGAAUCAUCCUGGCUGCAUGCCUCUGGAGGGGCCGCACAGCAUCUCCCCAGAGACCACAGUUACGUCAAGAGGGCAGGCGGAGGAGGAAUCUCCUCUUCGGGAAGAAGCCAAUAUGGCGGGGGAGACAGCCCAGGGAUCUGUGUCCACCACUGGGCCAGACUGAAGAGGAAUGCAAAAUGGGUGAGAGGGAUCCUCUCAGUCCGUGAGCAAAUCCCCUUGAGACGGUGAGCUUGAGUUCUCAUUUGUGCAAUGUCGCCGCUGGACAAAGAAGCUCCCAAGAUGUUGCCAAAAUAGAAAAGAUAUGAAAACAAAGUGCUAAAAGCUCACCUCCUUUUCCUCAUCUCCUUUUGAGGGGACGAGACAAAAACUGGGUCAACUAACCUCCGAUUCAGGGAUUGACAGCUUUUUUUUUGGAUGGGGAGAAGCUUUUUUUAAAAAAAAUAUCCAGUAGUGAUCAAGGAAUGACAGCUUUUUCAUUUUCUUGGCAUCAGACCCUGUGGUCCUGUGGGCUGUAGAGGUCUAGCUGUGGUGAGUGCAGAGCUCCAAUAUCUCUAUUCAUCACAGUAGUUGUGCCACUGAAGAAGUAAUGGAGACAAUAAUUAGUUCUCCCUCUCUCUUUCCCCCUCCCCCUCACAAAAUAAUCUUCCAGGUAAUUAUUUUUGAGAAGAAUGGUUGUCCUGGUAGAACCUAAUUUGUCUGAGUGUAUUUUAUCUCAUUUUAUUUUGGCGUGUCUUUUUAAAAUUGACCCAUUACUUAAGGGCUUUCUGUUUUGUGUCUUGGCUUGCCCAUUCUAGGUGUGUGGUCUUGCCUGUUUGUGAUGAGGCAAGUCUCUUUUGAUCAGUAUUUUAGAGGUGACACAAUAUUUAAUUAAGUAAGCUACCGAAAAAGACGGUAGUAGCUGUGAAGCUCUGCCAUGUUUGGUGGGAGAUAUUUUCAGUUGUGAAAUGUGGAUAAUGCAGAACACUUUGCAAUUCUUGAUCAAUUUCUGGGCUCUGCAAAGACUGAAAAGGUAGGAUGAGGUUUCCUGUCAUGAAUAAUUGUUUAAAUAGCGGCUUUGCCUCAAAGGUCAUCUUUUGCCUCCCUUCUAAUAUAACAGCAAUAUUUGUAUAUCAAAAUAAUCAAAUUCCAUUGGAGGGGAUUGUGGCUUGACUGUCUAAGAAUGGUUCUCUAUUUGGUAUUUUUAUAUUAAAAAUGCAAAAAAAUAUAUGCAUUAGUAAUAAUUCAGAAAGCUCCAGUUUUCUACAAGCAGUGAUAGCUCUUCCUUGAGCCUUUGUAGUAUUUUUCACAUGAGUUUACUGGGAAGAUAACAGUGCCGCUGCCAAACCCAGCAAAUAUGCACUUGCCUCAUGUUUCCUAAUAUAUUGCUUGUUAGUGUAAGGAUGCGGGCAUGGGAGGGCAAAUCUCUUGAGCUUUUGUUUGAGACUUGCAAAAUAAGCAGCAGUUCAAGCUCUGCUUUAGUGUUGCGUUGUAUUGAUGUACAAAAAAAAGCUGGUAUCAUGCCAAGCAGAUGAUCUCAAGAAAAUAGCUGAUAAGAUGAAAAAGCAAGCUAAUUGGGGAAGGUAUCAAAAUGGGAAGGGGAGAAGUCAUGCUAUCAUGAUGGGAAGGGAGAGAUGGCCUUGUGGUAAACAAGCUUGUGCUUUGUACUAAUAAUUGGCCUCCUUGUAAAAAUGAGGAUAUUUUCUUAAUUCGUGUUUUGGUUGAAAGAAUGAAUGAAAGCAGAAAACUUGUUUAACCCCCCCCCUCCUUUUCAUUGUUUGGUGUUAACUGAGAAAUGCCUUCUAUUCCCCACCUCACAGCACCAAGGGUGCACUUCUCUGUAAGGUGGGGAGUAGAAUGAAUUUCUCUUUGUGGUCCGAAGACAGGAAACCACCAAUAAAGGUCAACUCAUAAAAGCUUUAAAGAGUUGGAUGAGACCCUCCCAAACUCACACACAUACACGCUCUCAUUUGGACUGAAGCAGGGAGGGUAAUAGAGAGAUACAAAUAUAUAUGCUGCUUUAGUUAUAGCUUUCAAAUUUACCAAAAAGAGUAAAAUUACACUCAAGAGCAUUGGAAAAUAUUUCUAGUUACUUAUACAAAGAUUUUAAGCAUUUAAAAAUAGAACUUUUAAACUAUUACCAAACUGUAAGGCAUACAUUUAUUUAUCUACACAUAUGUUAUAUAUAGUUAUAAUGGGGAAGUUUAUCUGCUGAGCUGGUGAUGGUGUAGGUGAUAGCUAUACAGAAGAAUUUUCUCAAAAGCAGAAUUGCAGCAAAAUCCAUCCAAGUUUAGGUGGCAACGAGUUGAAGUGGAAUAUUGAAUGUGGUAUUCAUGGAGCUGUGAGUUUCUUGAACAAGUUGUAACUGUACUGAUACUGUGAACUGAGGAGCAGCCAAGAGAUCCAGGUUCAUCGUGCAGCAAUUCUCUGCUUGCUGGUAAGACUCCUCUCUAUUUAGCCUGGCCAGAGUCAAUAAGCACUUCUUACAUUUUAGCCUAGGUUUAGUUUUAGAAGAAAAAUAAAGCUUGUGAAAGGUGUUUUUUUAACUUGCCACUGUAGAAAUUAAUCAUUUCUAAUUGCAUGCGAAGGAGCCAAUAUUCUUGCCCAGAUCUCACUGAAGGGAGGUUUACUGCUUGUAGCUAUAGUUCUUGACCUCAUUUAGAUGGAACACUACAUCUUCAUUUGGUAUUAUGAGUUAAAGUCUGCAUAAGCCUUGAGUUCCCACGUUCUCUCCCACCCAUCUUUUGAUGCAGCCACAAUGAGUUCACAAGUUGUUCUGUUUCAGAUUAGCUUGGAAGUUGACCUGUUGUCUGAACACAAACUGAUGAAUCUUAACUAUGAUUUGUUCAUACAGGCUGACUUUAAACCAUAGUCCGUGACGUUGUAUUGCUUCAGUGAACUAUGGUUAACAUUAAUCACAAUUUAAACUUUAGAUGCUAUGAAAAAGGUCAGGUUAUCUAAAACAGAACCUUCUAGUUUUCUUUUAGCUGCCUUGAAGGAGGAGAGGGGAGAAGGAAGUAUGGGAGCGCAAGGCUUUCUGUAUUUCAUUCUUGUAAUGCUAGGCCACAAUUUAGCAUUAUGUCCAAACAGCAACUGUAAGGAAUAGAACCAGGGAUCCUUAUUUUGUGUGUGCAUAUGUGUACAAAGGACUUGGGGGGUCGAGACCUGUUUGGCUCUCAGAUACUCUCUUAGCAAAAUUUAAUCUUUGCCAAAAAAUCCUGAGAUUUUUGUUAUUCAAAGAGCAAGUUUCUAGCCCUGAUUCUAAAAGAGAGAGUCCUGUUUGUGGUUUCCAUUAAUAAUUUUGGAGCUAGAGGAAGGAGCAGUUCUUCCAGUAUUCUAGGGGAUCUUGAUAGUACACUUUUAUCUGUCACCUUCUUUUUCUUGAUGUGUGGCAGAAUAAAUGAGAAUGAAAAGAAACAGAAAUCCUGCAGGAAAAAAUGCAUUUAAAUUGUGCAUCCAAAUAAAACAUACACAUUACUUGAAUGUAUUCAAACAGCUGUGAUUUGCAUUAUUCCAGUCAGGCCUGACAAAAGUACAUACCCUCCUUGAGCAGCUGCCAGGCCCUAGCAGGGCCCAAUCCAAGGUGUGCUUUGGAACCCAGCCACCCUUUAAAAGAGUGGCUGAGUCUGGGAGCUGCCAUGUAAAUUUCUCACAGGGCCCCAAUGUAGAGUUGCUCUGGGGCAUUGUGUCAUCUGGUACUGAUCCAGAUCUACAGUUGCCUACAGCUGCCACCGUGGCCAGGUAAGGGAAGGUCCCACUGGAAAACAUUUUUACUAAGAGUUCCCUCAAGCAUGGAACUGGCCUCGAUUCCAGUUACUGAGUAUAAAAAAUGGCAGGUGCUUUAAUCAGCCUUGUUGUCCGAGGUUCAGAACCUGAGAUGGAAGGGCAGGUGUCUGGCAGACCAGAGGACAGAGCCAAUUGGUGACUGAAGAGGAUGGUUCCCAGCCAGUCAGGAUAAUAAUUUGGCUUUGCUUGGUGGCUCAGGGUAGAGUCUGCUGGAUAUGAGGGUGGUCAGAGCAAAUAACAAAAUCUCUUCAAGCCAUACAGAAAAUAGCCUCCCCACUUCCUUGUCUCUACUCUGCAAUGUUAUCCUUUCCCCUGGAUACCCUGAAUUCAGAACCUGAGACCUGAGUCAGUUCUUUUUUUCUGAAGUUGGUUCUUUUUUCUUUCUAGAGUGCAAAUGACCAAGGGUUGUAGCCAGUGUUAGACCUACUCAGACUAGACCCAUUGAAAUUAAAAGACAUGAGUAACUUAGGCCCAUUAUUUUGUGUUGGUUUAUUCUGAAUUAAAACUUAGUUGGAUACAGCCCUAACACAUGUGUGUGGGGCUGGUGGGUGCAUAACACAUUUUGUGGGCUCAUUUGCAAGGCUGGUUUUGUUGCCCAAUCACAUCUUUUGUUGCCCAAAGCAUCUUCAUGCUUUGUGUAGCAAUAUUCAUUCUUGUCUAUUACUGGUGAUUUUCAAAAGAAAGUAGCAAAUGUCAGUGGUAGGCUUACGUAUAACUGAAAGAAAACCAUGUGCCAAUACUAACAACCUUUUCUACUACAGAACAAUUGCUUAUACAGCACAAGAGUUACCAUGCUCACUACUAUAACCUCAGCCUUGACUCUGCUAAUGACCUAUGCCAUCAGUAGCAUUAGCCUAGUCAGGCACAGUGCCCUUAGGAAGACUAAGGGGUGACUAUACUGUGAUCUCAGCCACAGAGAAGGCAAAUGUAGGCUUUUGUUUGGAUUAUAAAAUGCAGAUGAGCUGGCAAUCUGCUUUUCUGUUUGGUGCAGCUACAUGUUUUUACCCUUGCGAAACGGAUUUCAACUGUGAUUCAAAGGGGAAGUGAAGUGAAACCCUUUCACAUCUUCAUACCUCAUUAAUUAAUGGCCCACAUCCAGGUAGAAUUUAGUUGUAGUGAUUAAUGUGUCUCAUUCUUUUCCAUGGGACUUAGUAAAAACUAAUAUUACCUGGAUUCGGCCAGUUUCCCCCACUUCUGUUCCAGAAAAGGCCAAGAAAACUUGAUUGCUUGCCUUUGGCAAUUGUCUCUAGAGGGGAAAGAUCGAUUUCAUAGCUCUAUGCUUGCAAAACAGUAAAAAUAAAGUAAUAAUAAACUUCAGAAUGUGAAACAUUGCAGUUAUCUCCCUGAGUGUGCUGCUAUGUGUUUGUCUUGCCAAAAGCAAUAGAGUGAUGUAAUUCUGAACCAUAUCACUGCUGAAAUGGGAAACAAAUAUGUGUAUAGUUGAGAACAAUGAUAUGAAAUGUAGAUUAUAAUUCUAUGUCCUUACCUUUGAGUAAGCAUCACUGAACUUAGUUGAGGUUGCUGAUUAAGCGUAUAUGGGAUUGGAUUGUGAUGGUGGUCCACUAGCUCAAGCACUAACUGGCAUUCCAGUUCCGCUAGCUCAAAAGAUUUCCACUUGCAGAGCUGAACUUUCCCUUCCUCUCUUCUCCCCUGCAGCCCCCCAUGCUCUCUCAAAAUCAGCUCUGGGGGCGGGCACAGUGGGAGGAGAGGAAGGGAACAUCCCACUGUGCAAGAGGGGUCUGCUUACUAAGAUUGGAUACAACCCUGAGUUUGGUCAGAUGAGACAAACUGAAAUAACUGGCACUUUCCCAGCAUUCAUAAUUUUCCUGCAAUUUCUAGUGGAAAUACGUGCCCAUUUUCGUUUCUUAAAGCACCUUUGGAUUGUGUACUUUGGAGUGUCAGAUGCAUUUUUCAUGGCAUACCUUAGAGGUGACGCUGGGUUUAUACUUCAGUGCCUCUCUGUGUGUUGUCAUAAAGUGGCUUGAAGAUUUAUUGUAACAAUGGUCUUAAUCCAGAUUAAUCCCCCCUUUGUGUGCACACAUACUUAAAACAGCAAGUAUAUACAGGGUGAUGCCUGUUAAAUAUGAAUUUUAAAAUAUUCCAAGUUACCCCACAGAAACAAAGGCGGUUAGGAUCAAUUAUAGCUUUCUGUGGCAGUUACAGACCAUUCGGGAUAUUAGUCCAGUGUUGGAUGCUUCAAGUUAUUACCAUGAAAUGGAAACAUGGUAAAAUAAAUUCCUCAUGAAGGUGGAGCAAUUGUGUAAAUUCUACUUCGGUGCUUUUAAAUAAAUGCUAGAGUUUAUUUUAAAAAAGGGGUAGGGAUUGUGUAGUACAGUUGUGCAAUUUGCUGCUUGCUUGUUCACUGACGGCAACUAGCAAUUGUUGGUGAACAGAUGUAGAGUCAGUUAACUGAGUGGACGGAGUCAAUCACUGUGCAACGCUGCUCUGCCUUUCUUGGCUGUUCAAAGUCAUGUUCGGCAGAGCGAAUGGCUGUUUGCAACAGUCUCUAACCUGGGGAUUAAAGCACCAUGCUGUGUGGGCUGUCCAUGGAGCUGGUUUACUCUGCACUCUGUUUCUGGGUUGGAAAUGGCAACAGAGCCCCACUGAUCAUACAUGGGGACAAAACAGAGCUUUGCGGACGUGUGUUAGAAAUACGGAACACAUCUGUUGGCUUUGCGUGUGACUUUCAAGCUGGUAGCCAGCCAGGUGUAUUUCAGGUAUUAUUGGACUGCAGUUCCCAUGGUCCCUGAUAAGUGGCCAGGCUGACUGGGGCUGAUGGAGACCAAUAUCAUAUUGUGGGCCACAGAUUCCACAUCUCUUUCCUAGGCAAUAACCCUGCCCACAGCUGGGCUGCAUUUCUAAGUUACCUGCUUUGGCUUUGAGCAGCUGGUACAGGCAAGUAGCACUGUGGAGCAGAAAAUGAAAUAAAAAGCCAGCCAGCAGAACGGGCUCUAUUUAUAGCAAGAUGCCCUGGUUGUUGCUAUGUUCUUCCUGAGGAAUGAGGGGUGCUUAGGCCAGCUUUCAACAUGAGCAGGGGUAACUUUAUUCCUUUGAUAUUGGAAAAUGCUAUCUAAAACAGUUGGGAACCCUUCUUUCUUUGCAUAUGGAACUUUCCGGGGAACAGAGCUGCCUUUGCUGGCGCAGAGCUCAGUGUGCAUACCAAAAACCCCGUGUGAGCCUUAAGAAUGGCAGGAAAAGAGCAAAAGUAUUGACUAGUGUCUGGAUUUUUCAAUAACACAGACUUCUUUGUCAAAUAGGAACUUGUAGUAUGCACACAUUUUAAAGAUAAUUAUUGCCAAGAAUUUUAAGUUUUUAAACAUUCUUUAUCUUGUUAGUGGGUUGUUUUUGGUUUUUUUAUGUGCAGAUUUCUCUGUUUCUAUAUAACACCAAUGGAACUGCUAUGCCCAGUUAAAAACAGCAACAACCCAGAAUCUGCCAGAUUCAAACAGGUUCUAUGUUCUGGGCAGGCAAAACUUGCUCUCUCUUAAAAAAUAAAAUACUGUCCGUGAUUGGGCACAAGAUUGUACCAGCUGUGCAUGUUGAACAAAAUUUAGCUGUUUGAUUCAAUUAAAGAAACAAACCAAGUUAGUUUAAGUGGAAUUUAAAAGCUUUGGAGUCAUAGCUGGGAAGGAUAGAAAGACCCGAAGUUUAAUUGGGAACCAUUAAUAAGGAACCAUUAAUCUUCCAGAUUGGUAUGUGACUUGGUAGACUGUGGAUUCUUUUAUUGAAAAAAUGGCUGGAACCAGUUGCUUUAAUAUUCCUGGGUUAAAAUCUAGUCUAUUUGAAAAUUGUUUCUUAUAUUACAUAUUGUGGCUACAGCAUAACUCCAAGGAGAUAUUGUCAUAUCUACAUAGAUGAAUCAGUGUUACACAGUUCAGGGACCUGCUAUGGAUCAGAUAUCUGAAUCAUGAGUCUGUUAGAGGAAAAUCAGUAAUAUAGUUGGGACUGGUUGGUAUGUUUGCACUUGAGAAAAUGAAAUCUUGCACCUAUAAACUUAUGCUAAUAAAUGACUUUAUGCAAAUUAGGCUAAAUUAUGUACAUUAUUUAACAUUAUGCUUUCAUUUUGAAUAUGAUUAGCUCUUUAAAAUAAAAGCACAGUUAAGAAAAUUUGUCAAACAUGUUAUAUUGGUAGUGAAGAAAAAACAUUGGCCUUGGAUAUUAAAGGCCACUAAAGGUUAUAUACAGCAUAAUUUUAUUUUGUUCCUAAACAGGAAAACCAAAACCUCUUGUACCAUUCAAAUGUGACCUGUGCUUGGAAUAAAAUAUACAGUAUUAUAGUUGUAAAUUUUAUUUUACAUACAUUUUCUGUUUGCUCUGAACUGAUCUUUGAAUUUGUUUGAAAAAUUUAUAAUUUGGGGACAAGAAGCAAGUUGGCAAGAAAAAUAUGGAUAAAAGAAGGAUGGGUGAAGCGGCCUGGGCAGAAGUCUUGCAUAAUGUGGUCAGAGUGAGAAUGUAACUGGAAGUCACAGUGGUGGAAGGACACACAAGCAAACAGAAGCUCCACUUCUUGAAAUGGUGGGACUCUUGGUGGGCUCUACUAGCACUUUUCCCUGAAUAAGAAUAUAAAAAGCGCCUAGCUGGAUCAGACCAAAAGUCCAACUGGUCCAGCUUUCACAGGCAGAAGGGAAGUGCCAUUCCCUGCUGUUUGACCUCAGCAUCUUGUACUGGUAUAUGGCCUCUGCUUAGCUAUACUGGUUAAUAGCUAUUGGUAGAACUAUCCUCUAAUUUUCUCCAGGGUACUCAAGUGCACAUCACUGCGUUUUAUGAGUUUUGUAUGUUUGUGAUGGAAGAAGCACUUACAAGGCCAAGGUUCCUGCAGUAGCGUGUCACAACCAUGGGAAGAAGAAAUAUACAUUCCUCCUUCUCUCCCACCUCUGGCCUGCCAGAAGAAGCAGGGCAGAGAUGAUUCUAUAGGAGUAGCCAGAUUCUUUGCCAUGUACCAUAUUCCAGCUGGGAUUCUACAUGUGUGGGGUUGCGGAAGUAUUUGCCAUCUACUUAAAGUGCUUAUGUGCUUAUGCAACAAAUUCUGGAAAGCAUCCUAAAUCUGCAAAAAUUAAAAGCAGAAACAGCCUGAAAUUACAGGAAAUAAGAUUUCUGUUGAGGCGCACCUUUUGACAAUCAGUCCAUAUGAAGUCUGAUCUUUAAGGUCCAUUUCAGCAGUUUGAUGCAGCAAGUACUAUACUCAUUCCACUGCCUGCUCAGGCACAUGGAUAAUUGCCAUGAUCAAUUCAGAGAUUGAUGUUAAUUCCCUGCAGUUGCUAUGUCACAUGGAAAUGGAUGUUUCUGUGUUCAAGAGGAUAGCAAAUGGUGGUAGAUUCCAAGAGCAUGAUCUGUCUCUGUCCAUGCAGGCUGAGGAGAAGUUUUGUUUCCCCAAAGGCCGCUUUGUGUGAAUGUGGGCCUCAGCACCCACAGCCUGCCCUCCCAUUGCCAGUGUGGGGUCACACCACUCAGCUGUGAAGUUCUCAGGGUGACUCUUGGGCCAGACACUCUCUCAUGAGAGAGUGUCUACCUACCUCAUGAGGUUGUUAGGAGAGGUUGAGGAAAGACCCAUCUCCCCUGCCCUGACUCCCUGGGGGAAGGUCAGGAUAAACAUGCCGUAACUACAUAUUAAUUCUCACUUUUGCAUCCUCUCCAGAGCCUCCCCCCAUUCCCAUUGCAGCUGCCUUCUGCAGUGGGAAUGUUCCUACAGAACGCCAGUUUGUAAUGGGUGUAGCAUGCCACGGGUGUUGUAAACCAAAUGUUUGUCCCCUACCUUAGCUGUAGCUGCUUCUUCCAGAUGGACAAUUGAUGAAACACAGUUUCAGGGUGGGAAGAUGUUCGGACAUGGCCAUUUGAGCUGCUACAGAUGCAGGGGGAAGGUAGGUUAUUGUUCCUUUUCCCUUGCUGCAUUUAUCAGUGGAUUCUAGACACUGGUUAAGACCUGCUUAAGAUGUUGCUGUGUAAGGCAGACCCCCGCUCCAUAAGGACGUGGCACUCCUUCCUGCCUUGUCUGUUUUUGUGUAAUGCUUUAAUGGGCCUCUCAGACCAUUUGACAUAAUUUGAAUAGAUUUGUGCCCUCUCCAUUUUAACUUCUCGCUUAUGUUUAUAGAGGAUUCUGUUCCGUAGUUCCAUAGGCCUGCCAUGACUUCGUUCUUCAAUAUUAUUCCAAUUUGCUGGAGAAUCCUGUGCUGUGGAAGAACAUGAGAGUCAAGCAUCUGUCUUGAAUGCAGAAGGUCCCAGAUUCCCAGCAUUUCCAGGCAGGGCUGGGAUAGAAAUCCUGGAGAGCUGAGGCAAAUAGGUGGAGACGGUAUGGUGAAUGUGAUUCUGAUUAAGGCAGCUUCCAUGUUCCCUUCAGGUUUUGUUUCCUGAACAGAACUACUUUCUGCUUCAUGGUGCUCCUGGAGAAAAAUGCAUAAUGUACAUUGUUGUUUUUACAACUUUAGAACAAGGUGUUUAAAGCACUAGUAGCAUUUGAAGUUACAUUUUUAUUCUGUUUUGAGGCACGGGCAUAUGUGGAACAGAGAGGUGAAAGUCCUAUGGACUGUGUCUUCAGUAUUCUGCUUCUGGGACCUUGAGGAAUAGUCAGAGGUUGAGAUGUGUGUUCCUUUGGUUGCUUCAAGUCACCCAAGUGCCAUGAAGUGUUGAGCUUUUAGUAUGUUCCUGGCAUCCACACUGGAUCUUCCACCGUCUUUCGUCAGACAGCCAAGGUCGCAUAUUUGCUGGCAAGUUCCAGAGCUUGCCAACUCAUAUCAGCAGUGCUAUUUGGAAAAACAAAACAAAACACUGAUGUAUUUUGAAACUACUAUGCAAUGGCUUUGUGAAGUUUUCAUGCUCAGAUUUAACUGUUGGCUGAAGUUUUCUUAAAUCAAUUGUUUUAUCUCCCAUAGAUGUUGCCAGAAUUGCAAAAAUGGAGUUGAACCUUACUUAACUCGCAGUACAUCUAAUGGUGUUUGUUUUAGCCAUGGUCUCAAGACAUAUUUCCCUGCACCUCUUCAUUUUUUCUCUUCCAGGGCUUCCUUGAGCUGUUGGUAUAAGCAGUUCCCCAAAGGGGCCUCUUCAGCACAGCCCCCAGUAGCAAAUGCCAGCGUAAUUCCCUGAGCCCUUCUUUAGUAGUUUAACUUCAUUGUGUCAUGCACAAUGGGGAGAGAUGGGACACCACUUGGCAAGUAAUUCUGCCAUUUAUUUAGUAUUUAUUUGUGUAUUUAUUUAUUUAACUUGCAUAAUUGUCUCAUGUCUGGCAAUGCCCUGCCUGCUUCAUCAAUGCAGUGCAAUUUUCUUGCACAGAACAUGCGGACCUCAGCAUAACCUGUCCUGGCCCUCUCUUACUGGGAAGCAGAACAAUGGAGGUGCAUGUCCGUCCCCCCCAAGGGACAAAGACGUUACCGCCCACCUUUAGGCAGCAAUAGUGAAAUCAAGCAUACUUUGAUUCUUUCUUCCUUUAUGGCAGUAAGUCAUUAGCGAACCCUUACCUUUUAACUUAAAGAGCGUUGGCGUUGAUGCGGAAACCAAUAAAAGAGGACAUUUAUCGUGCAGUUCCACUGGUGACCUCAUUGAAAUAUCACAGUUGCAGCUAUAGCAAGCUUUUAAAAUCUGCUGCAAUAAGUGUGCAUAAUAAUUUAUUUAACCUACUGUGAUUUCCUAAUUUAGUUUGGCCUUCUAAAUUAACGUGCAGCUUUGAAUAUGUAAGUGCCCCGUAGAUUAUAAGAUUCAUUCACUAUUUAACUGGCUGCACUAGUGUUAUAGAGAGAGAUAUUGGUCGUUGUCUGCUUUUCAUUUAGUUGUUAUGAUGUUAAAUCAGAACAGGAGCAGGACAUUAGUUGCAAGUAAACACUAGUGUUGUCUCUUCUCCAAAAUGAGUAUUUCAGCAAUGGUUGGUGUAACAGAAACUUUCUGUUUUGCCUCUGAGGAUGGAGACUAUUUCGUGGUUUUCUCACGUUGUGCAUUGAAGCCCCCAAUAUCUUUUGCUCGUUCAGGAAAUGAAUCUAAUUGGGUGAACAAGCUCUUAAGGGUACACUUUGCUCAGCUUUAGCCAGAAGAUAGCUGUGCAUUUGGAGUUAUAGGGUCAAGAAAGCAAAGUGGCCCAGAAUAUUUUAUAAAGUUGGGAUGCAAAGUACAAUUCAGCUAGAAAAAUAGUUGCAGGAAAGCGACUAUUGUAGUAAAAGUUUCUGCUGUUCCUCCUGACUGAAUUACAUGUAGUUGUUUUCUGCUGCCAAACUUUAAUUCCUUCUGAGCAGAGCUUGUGAAUGGGAUGGUUUGCAAUAUCUUGGAAGGCAUUGAGAGCAGUUCUCUGUUUGUGAUUACCUGAUAAUUGCACCAGACAAUGAUUAGUUGGAUAUCUCCAGGAGAUUCAGACCCAAUUAAAAAUAUUUAAACUACCAAUAAUGGCAGUUGGUGAUGACUGGGUACAUAUUUUUCCUAUGGGAUACUUAGACUAAAGAGUACAGUUGUAUGUAGAUUAACAGAAGUGGGUUUUGAAAUUCAGUGAGGCUUUGUAUUGCAUUUGAAGGUCUCAUCUGAUUUGUAACAAAUCAAACUGGCAAUUAAGUUUAAAUGACUUAAUGUGAAGGGUUGCAAAUGAGCACAUCCCAGUGUAUUGGGGCCAGUGUGUUCAGCAGAGACUUUUCAUUCUUUCUUUUUCCUGAGUACUUACCCCACCCCCCAAAAUAUCAGGAACCAGAAGGUGUCUCUCUGCCUAAACAAUGAGCUCCCUGAGACAAACUAGGUUUGAGAGCAGGCUCAAGCUAGAUGUUCCACCAAAUUCAGAGUUGCAGAUGAAAUCAGUACCCUGUGUGUCUAGUUCCACCUGUUUUCCCUGUCUCCAUGUGUAGUAUCGAUAUGUGUAUUCUCUAUACACACAGAUCCCAACUGCUAAUGUAUAAAGAUGGAUUAGACAAUGUACCACAUGGUGAAGUCUUAAGUUCCUGUUACCCCACAUUAUGGGACAGCAGAGGAGGCACUGCCUUGGGUGGCAACUGCAUGUUUGCAGGAUUCACCUAACCAGACUUCCACUUGUGCAACAGGGCUUUCCGCCGCCACCACUUGCCCCCCCCCCCAAGUUGGCUGGGGGUGUUGAGAGAGCUCCCAGAACAGCACACAGGGGAGGGGGAUUGUUUCACCUGGCAAACUGCAAUGCUGUGCAGACAGUACGGUUGGAAGAUUGCAGUGCUGAACUCCACCCAACAAACUCUUGAAUGUUUUCAGUGAGCUCAUAAUCAGCGCGCUCUAAACGCCAGCAGCAAUUCUGUAGUUCUUUCUCUGGUGCUAUUACUUGAUCUAUGCAUAACUAAGAUCCUGCUAUUCAGCCGCUGGCCUUGCAGUCAUGCUUUUUACCACCUAGCGUUCAACCUAAUCUGAUGCACAAAUUUCAGAUUACGAAAUUCCAAUUUACAUUCUGUAAAUUGAAUUCAGUGGAGUUUAAACGUAAAGUCCACCCAAAGGGGUGUGUGCACUCAGUCCCUCCACCCCCACCCUUCCCACUCAGUCCUGUUUUGCAAUUUGGGGUUAGUCCAAAAGAUGACUUUUUCAAGAUGGCCUUUCAUAGGUUUUUAAUGUUGGUUGUAGGCAGAUUCCUGUUAUCCCAGGAUAUUUUUAUCAUACCCAACAGUGAGCAAGCCAGUUCUUCUAGGUCCAGUAUACUAACACAAAGCUUACAUUUUCAGAUUAGCUGAUUAUACAUUGUCGGUUACAGAAAAAUAGUCUGGAACUUCUUGGAAAAUCAAUACCCAAUAUAUAUGAGGGUCUUUAAUCUAUAGAGAAGCUCCUCUUUGUGAGCUCUAGAUUAUGUUUCUUAUCAUGCAGUCUUGUUGACAGGGAUGGUUUUCUGGGCCACUUGGAGACCUAUGAAACAUAUUGCGGGACAAAGUUCUGGUAGGUGCAGGGGGCAAGUUGGAGCCCCCCUUUAGUGAUGCUAGUAAUCCCUGGCCUGGAUGUGAAAUACGCAGCUUCAUUUUGCUGACUAGUACAAGAAAAGACAAACCUGUGUUGUUAAAAAAUGCAUCUAAGUAUUACAGCUCAGCUAAGUCUUUCCAGCAUCUAUUGCAAAUCAGCUUUCAAAAGUAGUGUGGCACUUUAAGCAGGUUGUUUAAGCACCCUCACUUCUUUCCUCCUGUCCCCCCCAUAUGCACUUUAAGCUCUGUGGCUGUUAACCUGUUACAUGCAGGAGGGUUGUCUUAGAUGGACAAUGGGCAGAGGUGAUGUUAACCUCGCCUGCCAUUGCUGCCUCCUCUACCUCCAGAGGCAAAGGCAUUGUGUGUACCCUUUCCUGUCUCAGCAUAUCCACACCACUCAAUAAUGUGAAAGCUAGAACGCUGGCAUGCAGUGGCUUUUGUGAAGUGGGCUAGCCGAUUUUUGACUGUUCUCAUGAGCUAAGCUGUGGCUUUCAAUGAUCAGCUGAGCCACAGAACCUAAGCUUUUAAAGAGGGAUGGACUAAACUGCCAUGGGAUCAAAACUAUAUUGAAAUUCUGUAGGUUUUAACUUUUCCACGCGUGUCUCUUCCUGAACUUCUGCCUCAAUAAUCUGUUCUUGGGUGGAUUCUUGCUGAGACAGACUGAAAGCUGGCCCUGUAUUGGAUGUUAUGGGCUAGGGUGCCACCCUCUUGAAUGCCACUCAUGCCAAAUGAGAGUGCCUGUAAAGUACAGGUGGUUUGGGAUGCGGUGCUUCUACCUUGAACCCAUGCAUUAUAGCUAUGCGUUGUGCAUGUUGCCACAUCACAAAUGAGAGCACCAAUGGGAUAUCUGUCUGAAUUGCACAGCACAGAUAGAUACUUGGUGGCAUUUCAAAGGGUGGCACUCAUGCCCACUUUCUGUGGUCUGGCUUUUGGUGGGAUGUGUGGGAAUCUUGAGCAAACUGCAGCUCAGAAUGGAUCACUGUCACUGGUGAAUUAUCCAAUUUGAUUCUUCUGCUGCGCCCCACUCCUAAAGUUUUAAAUAUAUAACUCUUCUUUUAUUACAGAAAUACCCUAAUCAUGUGUCCCAUCCCCCCCUUUAAAAACUAAUCAACCACCACCUGGCAGACCCUUUAAAACUAUUGCUCUGUGAAUCUGAAACACACAAGAUAUCUGUUGCAGUUCUUUUUUGGUUGUAUUGCAUUGCAUUGCAACAGAAUUCAUACUUCACUUCUCCAACAGGCUGAAAUGUGAUCUAGUUGUUUGACAAUAAUUGAUAGCAGAACAGCCCAAUUUAUUUUUUAUUAGCAUUUUCCCCAACCCACAUUUGGUGCAUCCUUUAUUCUCCCAUUGCACAUGGAGGAAGAAAACAAAAGGGAGGUAAUAUGGUCAUUAUUCUGUGAGUGUGUCUUUUGGUGGUGGUGCUGGUGGUGGUGGGGAGAGUAAAACAACAGUGAAGAUAAAGACUUGUACAAACUUAUUUAAAGCAGUUUAGCAAAAAUAAAUAAACUAAAAGCUCUCAUUGAACAGCUUUAAAAACAAUGUGAAUGGAAACUUAGAAACUGGGUUAGGACUCUGAAAAAUUCUAUAAAUGUAUACUUGAAAUUCUGUUUGUAUUUUAAAACAAAUGCAUUUUCCUCUUUAACACUGUGUAAAAGAAAUGUUAUGCAUGUGAGUGGUUUGAGAAUUAAAUGGUUUAAUACUCAUAA